UUGCGAGCGUAAGGCGAAAUCAUUGAUCGUAUAUGCGGAAGAAGACUAAUUCACUCUUGAGCCCGGCGUUACUGUAUGGUUACUAUUUGGAGAAGAUAUUGAUCGGCUAAUAAUGAUGGGGAAUUUCUGAACAACUCGUAAUACAAAUCAUAAAACCUAAGCGGAGGAAGAGGAAGAAGGGAAGUUGAAAUUGGUUCGCGAUGGGUUUGUUGUCCUGAUUUUUAAACAGCUAACCAAGUAACUGGGAUGAAGGGAACCACAAAUCCCUGUCAGGAUGGCCAAUUUUGGGGCUGAGAUCCAACCUGGUACCUCCUGAAGGUGAAGGGGUGUGACCCACUGUACUACAACUAUUUCAGUAGCAACUGUAACAAGUACUGAGGCUGCUGUGACCUAAGAAAGUGGCAAAAUGCUGCAGCCAAUAACCCAGCUGUUUUGAAGAUAAGCUGCCAACAUUACCUGAGAGGAGUAUGGAAAAGACUGGAAAGUUUGUGCCACGACGAGCACAUAAAAAUGAAGCAGUACAAGUAGUGGUAAGGUGUAGGCCGCUGAAUGACAAAGAAAUUGCUGCUGGGUAUUCAUGUGUGGUUGAGUGCUUCCCCAGUAGAGGUGCUAUCGAUAUUUUUAACCCCAAUGCAAAGGAUCCCCGUGAAAACAAGAAGUCUUUUACAUAUGAUGCAGUGUAUGGCUGGAAUUCAACUCAAGAUGAUAUAUAUGAGGAAACAGUUAGGUCUCUUGUUAGUUCAGUGCUUGAUGGUUUCAAUGGAACAAUCUUUGCAUAUGGGCAAACUGGAACAGGGAAAACAUACACGAUGGAAGGCUGUAGGACUGAUCCAUCUCAAAAAGGGAUAAUUCCAAAAUCUUUUGAACAAAUUUUCAGUCAUAUAUCUCGGAGUUCUAAUGUCCAGUAUCUUGUACGCACUUCCUAUUUGGAGAUAUAUCAAGAAGAAAUCAGGGACCUUCUAAAUAAAGACCAAACAAAGAAAUAUGAAUUGCGUGAAAACUCGGAUGUUGGAGUAUAUGUUAAGGAUAUAUCUUCAUUCGUGUGUAAAAGUGUGAAGGAAAUUGACCAAGUCAUGUAUAUUGGGAACCAGAAUAGAAAAAUUGGUGCCACGAACAUGAAUGAACAUAGUUCACGGUCUCACGCCAUCUUCAUGAUUACAAUUGAAAUGAGUGGCAUUGGAGGGAAGAAAGUGAUUCGUGUUGGCAAGUUAAACCUGGUUGAUCUGGCAGGGAGUGAAAGGCAGUCCAAAACUGGAGCUACGGGUGAAAGGCUUAAAGAAGCCUCAAAAAUCAACCUUUCUUUGUCUGCACUGGGGAAUGUAAUCUCAGCCUUGGUUAUUUCAUCUGGGAAGGCUCCACAUGUUCCAUAUCGUGACUCCAAACUCACAAGAAUUUUGCAAGACUCGUUAGGUGGAAACUCAAAGACAAUAAUGGUUGCCAAUAUUGGUCCAGCCAGUUAUAAUUAUGAUGAAAGCCUUACCACGUUAAGGUAUGCGAACAGAGCUAAAAACAUAAAAAAUAAGCCAAGGGUUAAUGAAGAUCCAAAGGAUGCUCUGCUACGGGAAUACCAAACCGAAAUUGCGAGACUGAAGAACCUACUAGCUUUGAGAUUACAAGAGCGAGCAGCACUCUCAGAGCAGCAGAGACUUGUAUCUGCCCAACAAGAGAAGAAAUGCGAAGAAGACUCUGACCCUUAUGCUGAUAAUAAGAAGGACAAAGGAAAAAUGCAUAAGGCUACUGAGGAGGAGAAACGUCUUUACGAUGAGCAACAGACAAAACUGUUACUGGCACAUGAAAAACUGGUUAACCAGAAGUUGGAAGAAAGGAUCCAGGCAAUGGAGAGCAAAUUGUUGUGUGGUGGGAAGAACAUCAUUGACCAUACAAAUGAACAGCAAAGGGCACUGGAACAACGUAACCAGGAGAUUGCUGAGCGCAAAAAAUUGGAAGUGGAAAUGAGGCAGCAAAUAGAGCUGCAGGAGGAGUCAGCUGUAGAGAUUCUAGAGACCUACACAACACUACAGCAGGAGGUUGAAAUUAAAACUAAGAAGUUGAAGAAACUUUUCACCAAGUUACAAGCAGUUAAACAGGAAAUUCAUGAUGUUACCGAUGAAUUUAAUCGAGAUAGACGGGAACUUGAACUCGUACAAAAUGACCUAAUGAAAGAUCUGAAAGUGAAGUACCUCAUCAUAGAAAACUUCAUACCAGUGGAUGAAAAAAAUAAGCUUUUGGCUCGGGUCAGAUAUGAUGAAGAAGAAGGCACAUUUUGUGUCUCCCCAUAUGAAGAAGAAAUACCAAAUAUCUCCAAGAGACCUGUCUCUGCUGAUGAUGAAAGACGUCCCAUUUCUGACUACAGUCGGGUUGCAAUCAAAGUUGGCAGACAUCAUCGUUAUCAUGGGGAAAACAUAUUAAACUUGGAACUGGAUCCUCACACGCGCACAACUUCAGAUUAUCAAGGUCCAUUGAUUGCACCUAAGAUACAAGCUGUUUUGGAUGAAGCACUCAGAGAUGAUGGUGUGAUAGACGUUGAUGCAGCACCAUUAAGCAUCAGUAGUACCACCAAAAGCAGGCCCAUUCGCAAGGAGAAGGAUAAAGACAAGCAUUCCAAAACGAAUAAAGCCAGAGGGAAGAGAACUUCCAACCAGUGUGCGACUUCUUUAGGUCAUUCCACUCAAGUUUCCCAACCUGUGUUCCCAAAGGCACGUGGGUUGGUUCCAAAGUAGUCACACAAAUCACUCAUAAUCUUCCUCCUCAAGCUGAGGCAAUAAUAUCAAAAAGCCAUUUGAAGUUGAUACCAAGAAUGAGUUUGGAAUUACAGACAAAGGUAGGAGUAAGUUCCCCUGGAUUGGAAAGAAUGAAACUCCCCCAUUCACAUUUGUUUGACAGCAGCACCCAAUUAUCGAAAAGGACUAAAAUUGCACAGGCAUCCCCUGUGCAUUUGAAGGAAAGAGAGUGCAGAUGUGGUUAUCUUCUCCCGCAACCCAUUCAAACUGUUCCUUACAAUGAAUUUUCAAACUACAGUAAUACCAUUCCUCUCGCCAGUUGUGAUUCUAGUCAGAUCGAAUGCAGUGAUGAUUUAUUGUAUGCUGACUUCAAAGUUCUCACUGCUCUUUGUUGUAUUGUUUAUUUAUUUAGAAUAGUAUACAUUUUGCAGAUAGUUAUUAUAGCUGUGAUCUCACUUUUCUGCAGCUAAAGUGCAAUAUGUAGUUUAAAAAUAUUAGCUGUUGUUUGUAGUGCUAAAUUGGAAUUACUCAUUAAAUAUUAUAGUAAUGCAUAUGCAUAUGCUAUGUUACAACAUUUCAGUGUUAAACAGGUCUUUUUUUUUUUACUUAAAGAAAUAAAAUUCUAAUUAAAGUCAUGUACAAAAUGACUCCUUUCUGUGCAUUAUAAUUCUUGUAUUGGUAUUUGGUUCAGUGUCUUGUAGUUGUAUCUCAAAUCUGUGGUUUUCAGAUUUUGCCUAUAUUUCAUUCAUUUGUUAGUGAUUGCAAUAAACUGCAGUGUUCAUGGAAGCAAAUUCAACUGCUUUGAUCAUAAUAUUGUAACGUGUUUUGCUACUGAAGACGCCAUUCAGAUUGUUAAUUCGUUUAUUUAACAACCUACAAGU